GUGAGGGAGAGAGUGAUAGACAAAGAGAGAGGAGAGAGAGAGACAAGCCCUGACCAUCAGACUAAGCUACUGCUUCAGAAAGGCAGUCUUUCCUAAUAAUGAUCUUCCAGGUUCAGGAAGAACCUGGGAUUUCCAGCUGAGUCAAUGUGGAAGCCAGGAAAGACUUGUCCUUCAAGAAGUGACCGGACAGUAGCCUGUUUUCUCUCUGCCUUGCCCAAAAUGCCUUAUUUUGCCAGACUCCUGUUAUUCCUCUUUUGCCUCGUCCUUCUUGUGGAAAGCAGGAAUCCCAGGAGGAGACGCUGGUCUGGACAGCUGGAAAUGCCCAGGCUAAGUCAUUUAUACAAGAAGACUCAUGACAUUACUAAAUUACAAAAAGGAAAAACCGAACAACUUCUGAGAGUAGAUGAGCAUGAUUUCACCAUGAGACCGGCCUUUGGAGGGCCCGCCAUUCCUGUUGGUGUGGACGUGCAGGUGGAGAGCUUGGACAGUAUCUCGGAGGUGGACAUGGAUUUUACAAUGACUCUCUACCUGAGGCAUUAUUGGAAGGAUGAACGCCUCUCAUUCCCCAGUACCACUAAUAAGAGCAUGACAUUUGAUGGGAGACUAGUGAAGAAAAUCUGGGUCCCAGAUGUCUUCUUUGUUCAUUCCAAAAGGUCAUUCACUCAUGACACCACAACCGAUAACAUCAUGCUCAGGGUGUUCCCAGAUGGUCAUGUUCUUUACAGCAUGAGGAUUACAGUCACUGCAAUGUGCAACAUGGACUUCAGUCACUUUCCCUUGGACUCCCAGACGUGUUCCUUGGAGCUAGAAAGCUAUGCAUACACGGAUGAAGAUCUGAUGUUGUACUGGAAGAAUGGGGACGAAUCCCUGAAAACAGAUGAGAAGAUUUCUCUGUCACAGUUUCUGAUUCACAAGUUUCACACGACGUCCAGACUGGCUUUCUACAGCAGUACAGGGUGGUACAACCGACUGUACAUUAACUUCACCUUGCGUCGCCACAUCUUCUUCUUUUUGCUCCAAACCUAUUUCCCUGCUACCCUGAUGGUUAUGCUGUCCUGGGUGUCCUUCUGGAUCGAUUACAGAGCUGUGCCUGCCAGAGUUUCACUGGGUAGUACAACUGUUCUCACCAUGUCUACAAUCAUCACUGGUGUUAAUGCCUCCAUGCCCCGAGUCUCCUACAUCAAGGCUGUGGACAUCUACCUGUGGGUCAGCUUUGUGUUUGUGUUCCUCUCCGUGUUGGAGUAUGCAGCAGUGAACUACCUGACCACCGUACAGGAGCGAAAGGAGAGGAAGCUUCGAGGCAAGGUCCCGUGCCUGUGUGGGAUGCUUCAUUCAAGAACCAUUAUGUUGGAUGGCAAUUAUAGUGAAUCAGAGGCCAACAGCCUAGCAGGCUAUACAAGAAGCCACAUAGUGACUGAUGAAGAAAGACAGGAGAAAAUUGUGGUCCAUUUGGCCCUGAGUGAUGAAUCUAACACAUCCAGAAAGAAGGGGCUGAAGAGCCAUGUGGGGCUACGCAUCAUUCAGAACACUCAUGUCAUAGACAAAUACUCCAGAUUGAUAUUUCCUGCCUUCUACAUAUUUUUUAACUUAAUAUACUGGUCAGUUUUUUGCUAG